GAUUUCUGCAACCAAUACUCUGCCCUACAUUCAUGUCUGAAUCGAGUACUGGCCGCAAUCAGUUUGCGUACAGUUGAGGCAAGGGCGCCCAGGACGCCUUGGUAUUCCUUGUUCUGUCUUGGCUAACACCCUUCCAGGAAAAAGCGAAAGUGGCAUUAUACAUGUCCGACGUGUCUGCUGCUUUCGACAGGGUCUUCGUUGGUAGAUUUAUAGGGGAAUUGGCCGCGAGAGGGGCACCGCCAGAAAUUCUGCAGCUAUUCAAAUCGUGGCUUGGUGCCCCGAGAGCCCAAGUUGUGGUAGAAGGCUGUAAGUCCACCGAGAUGCUGCUGGACAAUAUGGUGUUCCAGGGCACAGUGUGGGGCCCGACGUUGCGGAAUGCGUUUUACGCUGAUGCUGCACUGAAAUUGUUUUUGCUGAUGGCCUCAACGCUUUCCGGGUGUACGGGGGAGCUGCCCGACAGGCCGUUAUUCUCAGCGACAUGGACCCCUGUCAAUAUGAGCUCCAUCAGUGGGAUAAGGCGAACCAAAUGACUUUCGACGCAAACAAGGAAUCGAACACACAUUUUUUUCAGAUCACCAUGACCGACUUGGUGCUGCAGUCGGCGAAGGAUGGCAGGUGGAAGUUGAAGGCGAUUUUGAAGACUCGUAAAUACAAUGCUGGCGCCCAGCUGGUCUUGCUGCGCAAAGCCCAGGUUUUGUCUUUCAUAGAGUACCGGACUGCUGCAAUCUACCACACCUGCAAAACAGCGUUGGAGGCCUUGGAUCAUGUCCAGGACAAGCUGACCGAAGCAGCCAGGGCAAGCAAAGAAGAGGCACUCUUGGCUUUCAAGCUGGCACCUUUGUCGUCAAGGCGAGACAUUGCGAUGUUCGGACUGAUUCACAGAUCCGUGCUUGGGAGAGACCCAGGGCAUUUCAAGCAGUUAUUCAAGCUGGACACGAAGUCGGGGGCAAGCCGGUCGGGGAGACGUCGUCUAUAGCUGAUCGAGUAUUCAGACGGGCAUUCGAGCGAUUUUGUCUUGCCCAAUUCUCGUCCUGCUGAUUAUAGAAAACUCGCUGCUUGGCUUGAUUUUCAUGUACAACAGGCUGCCACCGGAAGUUGUUGAGGCUUCAAGUGCCGUGUCGGAGUUCCAAGGUGCACUAUAAGAAUUGGUCGGUGCUGCUGCACAUUCGCCCGCCGUCGAGUUGGAGCACCCAUUCAGUCCGCGAGCGCCUUGGCACAGACACCCGCUGCGGGCUUAAUAUGAGGUAUCAUCGUAGCUUGUA